CUGUUGUAAACUAGCGUGCCAUGUAGCCUACAUUCGGCUGUGUGUAUGUCUGUGAGAAUGAGUGCUGUGUGCGUGUCUAAAUGUGAGCAAGUUCAGUAAAAGUAACCUACAUAGUUUGCGCGCUGUUCCCACAAUUAUUUUUGCAAAGCAGAGGAGAAAGUCGAAACGACUAUGAUGUAUUCAUUUGGGACCUGGGAAACCAGCUACCAGGACUGGCUACGUCGCUACCAAGCUAAAUAAACGCACAAGAAUUCGGUUUUAGUUCAAAUUCGUCCUAAUCCAGCCUGUCACAAAUAACGGAUUUGGUCGCUAUCAUGUCAAGAUUUUGACCUGCACAGAGUUUAUCUUCAACCUGAUAUCGGGGCUGAUUCUUCUCUUCAACAGAAGUUGAGCGUGCCACCUUUGUGUGUGUGGUGUGUGCGUUCAUGUGUAAAUGUGUGCGACCGAUGUGUAAACUGCUGUACAUUCGCAAUGAAUGCACUGUAGUUGUCGCAUGGCUUCACACCAGUGUACAUUUAGCAACAAAAAUAGUUUGGGAAACCAUAUUCGUAAAAUUUCAGGAUGUUGAAGACUCUAACCAAGAAGCUAAGGAGACACUCACUCAACGAGAUACAUCCCUUUCAGUUCAAGAUUUCCUACCAUUGCAGUGGGGAGGGAGCAGAGAGCGACGAUUCCGAGGGGGAGAACCAGGAGCUUGCACAGAUUGACAGAGAGAGGCGGCGGAACGGCGGCCUCACCCCUCUGGCCACCAGCCAACAGCACAACCAGGGUCCCCUCUCCCCGGCAUGCCUCUGUCGCCUACGCCUCCUUCUAGACCCAACUCUGGACCACCACUCUUCCGAAGAAGAGCUGGAGCGAAUCAGCUGUGGCGUUGGAGAUGGCAAGAAGUGGAUGCUGCACCAUCACCACGUCGAGCACCACAGCAGUGCCUCCAGCGACGAGGAGGUGCGGGACCUGUUCGGCUGUGGUCCGGUGGUGGCGGCCUUGGAGCCUGGGACUUGCCUGGGGGCCUCCCCAAGCCCAGUGCUCUUUAGCUCCAGCCCGCCUCGCAGCCUCAAGCCCCCGCCCCCCAUUCGGCUCCAGUUCCAGGUGGUGCAGCCUGCUGCCAGGCCCAUUAUCUUGACCCACUUUGACCAGUCAGCGGUUCCCUAUACGAAGCACAGGCACAGCUACGGGGGAGAUGGUGGGAGGCCGAGUCUGGACCUGGAGAAAAUGCAACAGAAAAUGCUCCUUAAAAAGAACUGUGGUGGGAAAACACGGACCAUAAAGAUUCGGAACUUGACUGGCACUCGCCCUCUACCCAGGUAUGCCUACGAUCCCUCCAUUUUUGCCUUCCGGUCCCUCAGCACGGUCCCUCCUUGCAGUCCACUGACUCCGUCCGAAGACCGCCCAUGUGUGUGAGGGGAUAACACCAACAGACCCCCCACACACUUAUUGACCGUAUAGGAGACCCCCAGACUAUAACUUGUCUCAGCUUUGAAGAUGAGACUGUGCUAAAUAAUGAGUAAUAAUGACCGAUGGGAUAAUUUGACAAAGCCAAUGUUUGAAAGGUCAAUAUUGUACUCUCAGGUAAUCCCACUCUGUCAAGUCAUGCGCUUGCUCGGACAACUGCUCAACAAACACAAGCAUCUAAUACACCAAGAAUGGGGUGAUCUUAACCCUGAUAUUGAAUGAUGAUGUGAGACAUGCAGAUUGUAUGUACUGGGGAAUGAUAAGGCUGCAAUAGAAGUCUCUUUGAAAAUACACCGCUUCACUCAAGCUCUUAGUUCCAAGGACACUUCAGAUAUUUCAUACAUUAACAGCUGUCUUUUGGAUGUCUGUUCAGAAAAUGGACUUCACUAUCAAAUAUAUUUUCAAAGGACAACACAAGCAUUGGAAAGCGUUCAGACUACUCCGAUGCAUUUGAUAUUCACAAGAGAACUGUAUCUUGAUGACAAUCAAGGGUCAAUCAAACUCAAGACAGGUUCAUUGUCUAGACUGGAAAAAGCUCAUUAGGACCACUCAUUAACAGAGGGGUUCUUGAUACAUUGCAAGCUGUACACUGCACAAUACAUGUAGAGUCGAUUUCUUUGUAUGUAUCAACCAAUUAGAGGGAAACUGGCCUGACAAUCUGUCCUAAUACACAUGAAUAGGUUGUGGUGACAGAGGGCAUCCCUGACACAUGCAGUCAUUUGAAAGUAAAGUAGAUGUCUGUCUACUAUUUUGUGGAUGUUAUUUGAAUUGUCCAGGUAAUAAGCUACUACGGCAUGUAUGAUCGUAGUUCGCGUUAACCUUAAAACAUUUUUUUUUGUUGCUUCAACCUGUCUGAGUUUGAUUUUCACUGUAGAGGAAAACCAUUGUCCUCUUUUCCUGCAUGCAUUUCACUGUGCUGAGGUGUAGAAAAGAACAGUAUGUAAGCAUUUAAGGGAAGUAUAAGAAAUCUACUAGAAUGACAUGAGAUUUCUAACCCAUACCUUCUUUUCUUGUAUGAGACAACCAACAUUAUGCUUCUGAAUGACAUUCCUGAUGGAUUGAAUGUAAAACUGAAAGUAGUCUUAGCUGUAGAGUCGUUAUGCUAGGGUAAUCAGAGGACAGAUAUGAAAAACCUUUUCUCGAGUGACAUGACAACCUAUUUAUGCAUAUGAAUGUAUACCGUGAUGGACAUGUUGAGAUCAAAACAGUGUCGUCACCGUAACCAAGCUCUUCUAAAGUGACUGCUGUGAUGUUUCUGUGUCCCUCGCAUUACUUCUGAACAAAUAAACGCCCUGUGGCCUCUUGA